UUGCUUCUCCAUAUGAAAUAAAAAAUCGAGUCCUUUUGACGUUUCGAAAUCUAUGGACACGCGAAUGCAGGCAGUAUUUCGCCAGUGUUCGCUUACUUUUAACAGAAAUGUCUCGACGAAAAGAUCACGAGGAAACCGACAAGCUAACUCGUAUCGCUAUUGUGAAUGCUGAUCGCUGCAAGCCAAAGAGAUGUAGGCAGGAAUGUAAGAAGAGUUGUCCUGUUGUACGUAUGGGAAAACUCUGCAUCGAAGUCACUCCUAAUGACAAGAUAGCCACCAUCUCUGAGGAGCUAUGUAUCGGUUGUGGUAUUUGUGUGAAGAAAUGUCCCUUUGAUGCUAUCACCAUCAUCAAUAUCCCAUCUAACUUGGAGAAACACACUACCCACCGUUACUCCAAAAACUCAUUCAAGCUCCAUCGCCUGCCUAUCCCAAGACCAGGAGAAGUUCUAGGUCUUGUUGGGCAGAACGGUAUAGGAAAGUCUACUGCACUGAAGAUUCUUGCUGGCAAGCAGAAGCCCAACUUGGGUCGUUACACUGACCCUCCAGAUUGGCAAGAGAUACUUGCUCAUUUCCGGGGCUCUGAGCUGCAAAAUUACUUCACAAAGAUCCUCGAAGAUGAUCUAAAGGCGCUCAUUAAGCCUCAAUAUGUAGAUCAGAUCCCUAAAGCUGUAAAGGGAACUGUCGGUCAACUAUUAGACAAAAAAGAUGAAAUGAAAAACCAAUCUGUAAUAUGUAGAAUGCUUGAUCUAUCACACAUCCGUGAUCGUGAAAUUGCGGCACUUUCCGGAGGAGAGUUGCAGCGUUUUGCAUGUGCCAUGGUGUGCAUUCAAAAUGGGGAUAUAUUUAUGUUUGAUGAGCCAUCCUCAUAUUUAGAUGUAAAGCAACGACUUAACGCUGCCCGCACAAUAAGAUCUCUUAUCCACCCUGACAAGUUCAUCAUUGUUGUGGAACAUGACUUGUCAGUGUUGGAUUAUCUCUCAGAUUUUAUCUGUUGUCUUUACGGUGUACCUGGUGCAUAUGGUGUUGUGACUAUGCCUUUCUCCGUUAGAGAAGGUAUAAACAUAUUCCUUGAUGGGUUUGUACCCACCGAAAACAUGAGAUUCCGUACUGAAUCGCUUGUGUUCAAGGUAGCUGAGUCAGCUACCGAAGAAGAGAUAAAAAGGAUGAACCAUUAUGAAUACCCAGAGAUGUCUAAAAUGAUGGGUGAUUUUGGGUUGCGUGUGAUGCCUGGAGAGUUCUCAGAUUCUGAGAUUUUAGUAUUACUUGGUGAAAAUGGGACUGGGAAGACAACAUUUAUUAGAAUGUUGGCUGGAAAUCUUGAACCUGAUGAAGGUUCAGGUCAACUUCCGCAGUUACACAUUAGUUAUAAACCCCAAAAGAUUUCACCGAAAUCACAGGGACUUGUCAGGAGUUUACUGCAUGACAAGAUUAGAGAUGCUUAUAUACAUCCACAGUUCCUCACUGAUGUGAUGAAGCCAAUGAAAAUCGAAGAAAUUAUGGACCAGGAAGUCCAAAAUCUAUCUGGUGGUGAGUUACAGCGAGUAGCUCUCGUUCUGUGUCUUGGUAAACCUGCUGACGUUUACCUUAUUGAUGAACCUUCAGCUUACUUGGAUUCUGAACAGCGUUUGGUAGCAGCUAAAGUAAUUAAAAGAUUCAUCCUCCAUGCCAAACGCACUGGUUUUGUUGUCGAGCACGACUUUAUAAUGGCAACAUAUCUAGCUGAUCGAGUAAUCGUGUUUGAGGGUACACCUUCGUCAAAUGCGACCGCACAUGCGCCUCAAUCGCUCCUCAAUGGGAUGAACAAAUUCCUGGAACUCUUGGGAAUCACCUUCCGCAGGGAUCCUAAUAAUUUCAGACCGAGGAUAAACAAACAUGCAUCAGUGAAGGAUAUAGAACAAAAGCGAGCCGGUCAAUAUUUCUUCUUGGAAGACUAGUAAAGAAAAAUGUAAACAUUAUUGUAUUUAUAUAUAUUGUUACUGUCACAAGGCGAUGACCUGCCAACUGUGUAUUUUCCAAUUAAAUGUAAUACUAUAAUAAAUCAUGUUUUAUACAA